CGGACAGAUGUCACGUGCAAGAGCAAGAAAAACAAACAGCUGUAAAAGAGAAAGAAAGCGGCAGAGAGGCGAUGGUCCCGUGAAGAAAGCCAACGUUGGAGUGGCGCGGCGUGCUUUGUCAUGUCCGGACAUUAUUAGAACAUCUUUUAGCCGGGGACCAAAGUCAUGGCGGACGCCAAGACGUGGAAGCGACACGUCGUCCAUCAGCUGAGGCGACGAGACCAGCAGCAGCAGCACAUGUUCCGCGACCUCAUCGGUUUCUACUCUCGGCUUGUGGAGAAAACCAGUCUGACCAACUUGAUCCUCCGCUGCUCCGCUGGAGUUCCUGAAAGAAGCAACGCGCCCUCAAGUCCUUUACUGGAGAUGACACAUCUGGAGAAGACCACAGGAGAGUUAGCUUAUCAAGUGGUGGAACUACAGAAGCAGAUGAAAAUCAAAGAGAACAUUUUGGAGGAUCAACAGGAGAGGCUUCUGCAGGAGGAGCGUUGGCUAAAGGACACGCUUGACGUCAGCUAUCAGCUGCGGACACGAGUGGAGCGGGUCGAAGAAGAGAACCGACUUUUAAAAAAGAAGUAUGACGGCCUGAUGGAGCAACAGAGGUGGGCGGAGUCACAACUUCGGGAGGAGAAGGUGCGAGGAAGUCGCCUGCUGGAGGACAUGAUCCACCCCAAACAGCAGGCCGCCGCCCGCAUGAACACCCGCAAUGAGAGGCGCUCCAGCUCCAUCAGCCUUGCCAACCUGAGGCGCUUGUCCUUCAAAGAGAGCUCGCCAGAAAAAAGUCACGGUCGCCUCUUGAGGUCAGCUUCGGAAUCUUCGCCGAGUAUUCUGACCACCAUCAAAGAGCUCUUUGAGAAAAGGCGGGGCCAAAGUCUCUGUGGUUUGGAGGAGGACCUGCUGGGUCCUGUCAGAGUUUCUAUGUCUGCCAGAGUUCCAGUCCGCGCCCUUCAGGUCCUGGACGCACAUGAGCAGGGAGUUAACGCAGCCACUUUCUGCUCCAGCUCUGCCCUGCUGGCCAGUGGAGGAACUGACAGGAUGGUCAAACUCUGGCACGUGAGAGCAGGUGCCCUAAGACACAGGGCCAGCCUGGACGGGAGCACUGAGGGCAUCACCUGUGUCGAGUUUGACCCGACGGGGCACAGGAUUUUGGCUGGGUCGUACGACAAGUCUGCGUUGAUGUGGCGUUUGGAUGACCCCGUUCCCAAGCUGACUCUGACAGGUCACAAGAGGAAGGUGACCGCUGCAAGGUUCAGUCUUCAUCAGGUGGUCACAGGAAGUGCAGACGGGACCAUCAGACUGUGGGACCCAAACAGAGCCGCCUGUGUUCGGCUGGUGGACGUGCUGUCUUUCUGCAGCGACGUCGUCUGCUCCGACAACCUCACCAUCAGCGGACAUUUUGACCAAAAGAUCCGAUUCUGGGACACUAGGCUGGCCAGCUGCGUUCACGAGCUGGAAGCUCAGGGCAAAGUCACGUCAUUGGACCUCAGCGCCGACCGCCGUCAGCUGCUCAGCUGUUGUCGUGACGACGGCCUCCAACUGCUGGACGUGCGCAGGUGCAGCAGCCAGAGCGCCGCCUUCAGGGCCGAGGGCUUCAAGUGUGGCAGUGACAGCACCAAGGCGGCCAUCAGCCCCGACGCUGGCUUUGUGGCGGCUGGAUCAGCAGAUGGCGCCGUCUACGUGUGGAACGUCUUCAGUGGCAACUUGGAAACACGCCUUGCUGACAAACACAGCGCGGCCAUCAGCGCCAUCUGCUGGUCACUGUCUGGCGAGUACGUGGCCAGCGUGGACAAGAGGGGGCGGGCGGUCCUCUGGAGUGACAUCUGAUGUCGUCAUAGCAACUGUGGAACAAAAGGACGUUUUUAGAAUAAUUUGUUGUCAUGAAGACUAUUUAACAACACAGCGCCACCUUCCGGCCACCAAGGAAUUUGACCUCCUCUGACUCCAACUACCUCAUAGAGAAUUUAAAUUGUUCUUUUAUCAUCUUGACUUUUUUUUAUACCUUAUUUAUUGCUUUAUAUUCACCUUUUUGGACGUUUUGGGACUUUUUUAAGACAUGGGAGAAGAAAGGGAACAUUUUAAAAUGUUUAUAUUUUCAUAAAAAGAUGGUGAAUCUGUUUUAAGAAAGUGAGAAAAACAAAACAAGGCGGUGUUGCCUGCGGGGAGUCAAGUGUCAUCGACAUGAUGAGGUUAUUUUGGUGCAUCACUUCUGUCCAAAGCUUUUAUUAAAACCUGACCUUUUUU